UAUACGUUGGUGAAGGAGGGUGGUGUUUUUAUGUAUUAUCUCCCAGAGUUCCAGCUUUUUUCUUUCAUAAAUGCAUUUAUGGUGAAGCUGAUAGAGGUAUAACACAUAUUUAUUACCUAUAUUCUGUUUAAGUACAACCUACUACACACUUUUCAGACUUCAUAUAUAAAACAUCCUGCAUGAUAAAUGUCAGUUUCUUUUUAUAUUUAGUUAACGGUCACUGCCUCUUAAAAGGCAUGCAUAACGUCAUCACAUAAAUCCAAUGUGCGAUGUGCAAUAAAAGGGUAUGUUGUCAUUCCAAACGACUUUCGGCAAAUAACUAUCAGACGUUCUUGAUUUGAUUUUUACCGAGAGGAUUUCUUGGUGUUCACAUUAAAUGGUACUGGAUGCCACAACCGACGAGAUCAUUAAAGUCAUUAGAGAGGCUGAAAUCAUAGGAGGGUAACGAUUUCCUGGAUCUGGAAUUGAUAACGUGAUCGAGGUCAGGGACAAAAGGAAUCAUAGCCUGCUAAGGACAACGUCUAUACCGGAAGGGAUAACAGAUUUUUAGAGGUUGCCAUUGUAUUGCUUGGUAAAGUACGACCUGCGCAGGCGUCAACCAAUGAGAUACACGGACAAAUAUGACUAGUGUCUCGAUAUCGUCACACAUCGCGACUUUGUUCGCACUGGUGUUUUGCUUAUUGGGCGUUACUCAAUUUGGGAUUACAUAUGGAGAAGCUGUGGACGUGACGAAUAAUUGUUUCAAAGCUCCGGAGCGUGAGAUUGAGUACUCUGAAAGUUCUAUUUCGGACAAUUGCGAAAACGUCUUGAUAUGUAUUGGUGACAUGAGCAAAACUUACAGUGAAGUUACAGUGAGUGCAGAUAUCAGCAACUAUCAAACGUCCCUCUGUAUUUUCCUUACACGGUUCAAGUUUGGUGUGAAACAAACUGUGAAUAUCAAAAUGUUGGCAAAUAUCACAGAAAGCACAGUUGUGUACGACGAUUGCAUAAUAGACACAUUUGCUCCAUCUAUAAAAUACGCCCCGGGUUUUUACGCCAGACGUCAUACUGUUGUUGUAAAUAAUACUGUCAUUCGAAAAUCUCUCUCUUCUGAUGGGUUUAGUGGUCUUGCCGAUGCAAAACUUGAAAAAUUGAGGAUUGGGGCAAGCAAUAAUGUUUCAUUUGAUGAUAUUCGUUUUAACUCAAACAGUGCUCCAUUGGAGUGGUUUUCAAUAGAAACUAGUGCUAGUGAAUUUGCAAGUAACAUGCAGCUUCCCUUAACAAAACGGCUUGGUCUUGGGUUUAAUAGUAUGACAUCAUUGCAAGAUGGCGCCAUAUCUAAUCAACCGGAAGUGAUGUAUCUGUAUCUAGAUAAUAAUAAUCUAACAACUCUGACUAACAAUGUAUUCAAAGACUCAAACAAAGAGACAAAACUCGACGUUAUCUAUUUGAAUGAAAACCAGAUAUCAAACAUUGAAAAUGAUGCCUUCAAGGGUCUCGGUGAUCUUUUGAUUCUCGACAUAUCCAUGAACAAGCUUCGCGUUUUAGAAGAUGGACGUUUCCGAGAUCUCCACAGACUCAGAGAACUACAACUUCAAUACAACAAGAUUUCUGAACUAAAACCCGGUGCAUUCUCUGGCCUUCAGAGUUUGAAAAAACUUAAGUUGCACUUUAAUGAAUUACCGGUUAUUAAGAAUGAAACUUUCAAGAGUCUUGGAGGUUUAACCCAUCUGGAUCUCAGCCAUAACAAACUAACAGCAAUCCAGGUUAGAGCGUUUUCUGGAUUGAACAAACUGGAGGAACUAGAUCUGAGGAACAACAGCUUGACAAGACUUCAAAAUCGUGUCUUUAGUGACCUCAUAAAUGUCGGAACAGUUUAUCUCUUUGACAACAAGAUAAAAACUGUCGAGGUUGAUGCAUUCUUCGGUCUAGGAAAAGUUCAUUCUCUAAACCUGCGAAAUAACACAAUUGAGAACCUAGAAGAUGGUACAUUUAAACCACUGAAAAAUUUAAUGACUCUCUUCUUAUCGUUUAACAAACUUACUAAGAUAGGUUCCGGUGUUUUGAAUGGUCCUCAGAUGCUCAGUGAGCUUCAUCUGAAUAGUAAUAACUUCAAGGAACUUAAAAACAAAACAUUUGAAAAUGUGGCGACUCUUGAGUAUCUUGAUUUAAAUGACAACAGCAUAUCUCAGAUUGAAUCCCAAGUGUUCUUCGGUUUAUUGGGAAUGGUACAAUUGAACUUCAAUAAUAAACUUAAAGAAAUGACUCCUGAAACAUUGGAACAACUCAUUAAAGCUCUCGUACACCCAGUUAGCAUAAUGACUAUGUCUUUAAGUGACAAUAAGAUAAAGGCACUGCCCGAUCAGACCUUUAAAUCUCUAACUAUGUUAGGCACAUUGAAUCUGACACAUAAUGACCUCGAGACAAUAUCUCCCAAUGCAUUUGGCGCUCCGGGAAAAAUUAUAAAACUCAUGUUAUCUGGAAACAAGUUCAAAUCUGUAAUGAGUAACACUUUUAAGGACUUUACAGGUCUGACGGAUCUUUACCUUGACUUGAACAAAAUCGAAUUUUGCCAGACUGAUGCAUUUAAGGGGGCAAAUCGUUUAAAUACGUUGUACCUUGAUAAUAAUGUUAUUAAAGAAAUAAACAACUCUGAUAUUUGGACAGGCCUUGGAUCGCUUAAAACACUUCGACUCAACAAUAACCAAAUCAAUGCGUUGCAAGAUAAAACAUUUAUUAAACUUAAAUCAGUUGAGAAGCUUAGGUUAGAUUUCAACCGAAUUGCUACCAUCAGUACUUUGGCAUUUGAAGGGUUAAACAAGCUCGCAAAUCUGAGUUUGUCCAACAAUAAAAUUGAAUCAAUUGACGGUGAAGUUUUCAGACAAAUCACUGGUUUGAAACAUCUUGAUCUAUCACAUAACUUGAUCAAGAAUGUAGGUGAACAAACGUUUACUCCCCUGGGUUCGAUCCAAGCACUGCUCCUCUUAGAUAAUAGAAUUGAAUCUUUCCAGCCAAACGCCCUUGCUCAUAUGAGUGCUUUGGAUAAAGUUCAUUUAGAGAAUAAUAGUCUGGCAAGCGUCCCACAAUUAACUCUAACAGAAAACAGGCAAAUCAAGUUGUACCUAACGGGGAAUGGCAUCACAAGUCUCCCUUUGAAUACCAACAAGCAAUUUGUGUAUAUCGAGUAUGAAAAGGAAGAGGCGUCUUGUUCAUGUGGACAGCUCAAUAAGCUGUUCAACACAUAUGAAUCCCAUUUCUUCCCAGUGAAAUGUCUCAAUACUGGAAUGACCCUUCAAUGGUAUGAUUUCCCUUGGGAAAAUCAACUAUGUUUUGCACCAAAGAUAAAUUAUAUUGAGGCUAAACUAGAUGGAUCAGAUGAACGUCUCCUUUGCGUAGCUGGAGGCAGUCCCAAACCGAAUAUAACCUGGUACGACACAUAUCCAGUCCAAGAUAGUUUACCAAUAAUGGGUGAUGGUGAUGCUCCUAUUAAUCCAAUCCCAGUUGAUUCCUCUCUCCCUGAAGCUAGAUACACUUGUACGGCUUCCAAUGAUUAUGGUUCAGUAAACCUUACCUUUACUUUGAGAGGACAACCAGGAAUGGUUUCGCCGGGAAAUAAUUCAGUGGUGAUUGGCCUUGCAGUUGGCCUGGCCGUGGCGCUUUUCUUGCUUAUCAUUCUAAUCAUCGUCCUUCUUUGCUUGAGACAGAGCAAAGUUGGAGGUUGGUCAAUUUGGAACAAACAAGCACCUGAUCAAGUUAACUUUUCUCGAUCUUAAUAGUAUGAUACGAUGUGAUGAAAUGGGCCGGAAUUUGAGGACGAGGGAGAUAAUAUAUUGAGACAGAUAAUUGACUUGUGAAAUCCCAACAUUGAAAGGAGCACGUAAGUUAUCGCAAAUAAUUUCAAACGAUUCUAACUUGAAUUAUGAAUAUUAUCUGAUCAUUAACAUGGGUCUAUCUUUUAG